AUGAGGUUGCGCACGCAGCGCGUCGCUUCACCCGGAAGUAGAUGCCUGACUGCCCUGCGCGAACCCGCGAAUAUGAACCCUUUGACUAAGGUGAAGCUGAUCAAUGAGCUGAAUGAGCGAGAGGUUCAACUUGGCGUUGCAGAGAAGGUGUCUUGGCACUCGGAGUACAAGGACAGCGCCUGGGUGUUUCUUGGAGGGCUUCCUUAUGAGCUGACUGAGGGAGACAUCAUCUGUGUGUUCUCACAAUAUGGGGAGAUUGUCAACAUUAAUCUUGUGAGAGACAAAAAGACUGGGAAAUCCAAAGGAUUCUGUUUCCUGUGCUAUGAAGAUCAGAGGAGUACAGUUCUGGCUGUUGAUAAUUUCAAUGGAAUCAAAAUCAAGGGAAGAACUAUCCGUGUGGAUCAUGUGUCUAACUAUCGGGCACCUCAGGAAUCAGAAGACAUGGAUGAUGUGACCAGAGAGCUCCAGGAGAAGGGCUGUGGGGCUAAUACACCUUCAUCAAGUUCACCUGAGGACUCUGAAGAUGUCAAAUCCAUAAAAAAGCACAAAAAAGACAAAAAGGAAAAAAAGAAAAGAAAGAAAGAAAAAGAGAAGACUGAUCGGGAGGUACAAGCAGAGCAGCCGCCUUCCUCUUUGUCCCCUAGAAGCAAGCCAGUAAAGGAAAAGGAUGACUCUGGCCCUAAGAAGCACAGCAGCAAGAACUUGGAGAGAGCGCAGAAGUCCGGGUCCAGAGAGGGGAGGAAGAACUACCCAGGCUCCCCUGAAGUCAGGACUUCCUACCAUGGUGGAGCCGAGAACCCUGAGAGGGAGCCAAAGAAUGAGAAACCCAAGCAUGAGCACAAGUCCUCAAGCAGGAGGGAGGCAAGAGAGGACAAGAACAGGGAGAGGGAUAGGGGCCGAAGCUCAGGCAAACAUUCCAGCAGGCACAGUGGGCAUUCAGAAGGGCGGAGUCAUAGAAGUAGAAGUAGGAGUCUGGAUAAGUUCCAUAGGCAUAAAAAGCAGAGGUCCUCUUGGGAGUGGGAGUCCUUUCAUUCCAGUGACCAUAAGCAUUAUUGAAGUCUGUUCCAGCUGCCCAGUUUUUUGAAAAUGAAUUUUGUCAUACAAGUAUCAAAUUUUCUUUUUAUUGCUAUAUAUGAAAUUUCUGGGGCUGAAUUCUUCCAAUCCUUUGCACAGUAGAGUUGUUGAGAAGGCUAUAAUUUCAAUAGCCACAUGCCUUUUUUCAAAAACAUGCUCUGUUGUCUCUAGAAAAAUACUGGGUACUGACCCAGAGGUGUGUCCUAAAUUUUGGUUUAUUAAACUCAUACACAUAUUUAAGAUGAACUUUUCAGGAAAGACGAAAUAGCAAAAAAAAAUGGUAGAGGUCUUUAUGGCAGUGUUUAGAACCCAACACUGUAGGGCCUUUGCACAUGACAGGUAGAACCAUAAAGAAGGGCCCAUCAUGGGAUCUAGAUAGCUUAAUGUGCAUGUGAUAGGAUUCAGCCAAUUUCCUCCCCAGUUCCUUUGAAAAUGGUUUUUGAAUGUGCUUUUGUUCUGAUUUUGUUUUUACCAUGCCAGUGGUAGAAACCAGGUCCUUGCACAUGUGAGGCAAGUGUUCUACCACUCAGCUACAUAUAGUUCCCUUCAUACUGUGUUUGACUUUGGGGGGGGAUUAUAUGAUUCUCUGUAUUUUUCCUUUGUAAUUUAUUUAUUUGUAUUGAGAUGAAAUUCAUAUGAAACAAAAUGAAUCAUUUUAAACAGUU